AUCGAGCCUUAUUGGCCUCAGGCAUGGAGACGUGACCGAAGGUUGCAGAGCGCGGCCGAUCGACCAUAGAUUGAAGGUGGAGAGUGACCAGCCCACCGUGACAUCUGAUUACUACAGUUCCAUUGUCUGCACUUUGGGGGAAGUCGCAUUUUUGCUUGCUGUCGCUCUUAGCGAUGUGCUGAAUUCCAGGCUUGCUGACUCGCCGCAGGCUUCGAGCUCCUCAAAAUACCAUGGUGCCGCGUACUGGGACAUACCCAUUCCUGCUGACGGCUCCCCACUUGGCUGUUGAGUAUAAUAGACGAUCUCCCUCCCGCUUACAUUGCUCGAUUUCGACAUCGUGUCCUUGUUUCAUGCUUCAGCACGAUGCGAACGCUGGCCUUCCAUCCAGCGAGCGAUGCAGAUCAAGACAGCUAGCUACGAUCUCGAGACCACCUUCAUAUUGUUGGUUUACACGUUCUCAUGGUGCUGCCGCUCGCUCAAGAUUUCAAAGCAAAAAUUUUCUUCUCUGUUUACACGCUCUGGCCCUUCGUCUGCGAUGACUCGCAAGAGCCGCACGACAUCUUCUGCAUA